AUGAGUUACGACACCUUUCGGAUUCUUGCCCUGAACUCUAGGGAGAGGUAUGAAGCCGAGGACGCUGAAGCACUACAGAAGUGGCUCAUUAAACCGGGUCCUUCACUCGUCAUUGCAGAUGAGGCUCAUAAGUUCAAGAACAAAGAUGCCAAGAUCUCGUCUGUCACAAGGAUGUUUGAAACAGCCUCUCGUAUCGCAUUAACGGGGUCACCGCUUGCUAACAAUCUUGAGGAAUACUGGUCGAUGAUCGAGUGGAUCGAUCCUGGCUUCCUGGGUACUCCCGCUGCUUUCAGGAACCAUUUCGUGCUUCCAAUCAACGAUGGACUUUUCCUUGACAGUACACCUCACGAACGCAAGUUCUCUCAGAAGAAGUUGGCAGGGCUAAAGAAGAUCAUCGAGAGUAAAGUACACCGGAAGGACAUCACAGCCAUCGAGGAAUUCCUACCCUCGAAGACAGAAUUCGUCAUUUCCAUGCCACCAUCUCCUGCCCAGCGAUUAUUCUACGACCAAUAUUUGGGCGAGAUCCAAAACGAUCUUGAUAGUGGUGAUGGAGGGACACAAGGCCUACUGGGUCGACUUGCUAUCUUAAAGCUCAUCUGCAGUCAUCCGAUAACCAUCCUCGAUGACAGCACCCAAGCCGGCAGGAAACGAGCCAAGAAAGCCGCCGCAGACGAUGAAGACGCAGAUAUUUCCAUCGACCUCAGUCGCGAUAUCACCGCCCGCUUCCGAAACUGGGUCGUAGAAACGGCGAAUACGGCACUGGCGCCAAAUCCCAAUGAUCCCAAACACAGCACGAAAUGUAUCAUAUUUCUUCAGAUCAUCUUGGGUGCGAAGAAGAAGAAAGAGAAAGUUCUUUUGUUCUCACAGAGUUUGGCGACGUUGAAUUACCUCCAACGUCUAGCCGAAGGCAACAAAGUUCAGUGCAAGAGUUUGACGGGGAUGACCCCAAUCUUGAGUCGGCAAAACGACAUCGCCGCCUUCAACAAUGAUCAAAGCACUACCUUGUAUCUCAUUUCAGCCAAAGCCGGCGGAAUCGGACUCAACGUCACCGGCGCAAGCCGCGUAAUCCUCUUUGAUCCAGACUGGAACCCCGUCUGGGACGAACAAUCCGUCGGCCGCGCAUACCGCCUCGGCCAAACAAAACCCGUCUACGUCUACCGCUUCGUAACAAUGGGCAGCUACGAAGACCGCAUGUUCAAGUCCAACCUCCACAAACUCGGACUCUCCCUCCGCGUCGUCGAUUCCCGAAACCCACGUGCCGCAGCAGCCCGCAAGGAACUGAGGAAAUUGUUCUCAAAGUUACCUGAAGCUCAGACGGUUGAGUCUGAGCUGGAUUUGAACAUGGACGAGAUCAAGGGAAAGGAUAGUAUCUUGGAUGAGGUCGUGGAGAAGAAUCGGGAUUUGAUUUAUCGGAUUGAUCUAACAGAAACCUUCAAGAAGGAUGCUGGGGAUGGGUUGACGGCAGAAGAGUUGGCUGAGGCGAUACGAGAGGCAGAGGAUGAUAAACUUCGUCUGGCUAGUGGUGGGAUGCUAGCGUCACAACAGAUGCCGAUGACAUGGCCAGUGCCAGCUACGCAGCCCACGUCGACGCCUAUUGUUCCGCAGGAAAAUGGCAUAUUAAUAUGA